ACGAUGAAAAGGCGAAAGGUGAACCACGCAUGCUUGUAUUGCCGACGUAGCCAUAUGACUUGUGAUGAAGGAAGACCUUGUCAGCGUUGCCUCAAACGUGAAAUAGGGCAUCUCUGUCACGAUGAACAGCGGCCAAAGGUUCCCGACACGCCAACUCAAUGCCCAACAACAACCGGUGUUAGUGUGGAUGUACCACGAACGUACGCUCCGGGUAAGCACACAAAAGUGAACGAAGGAUCCUUCUUCUGUCCGCCUAUAACAAUCAUGCCCACACUCGUCUCAUCCCCCGCUUUUACAACCCAGACCACCCCCGUCCCGCUCAGUCAACCGCCUCCACCACUCCAAUCCUCAUCCCACCCAUCUCUGCUCACCACAGUAGCAGCUCCCUCUAAGCCCUUAGAAGAAACCACGACUAUCCUCCCAGCCGCCACUAAAACCGAAAAAUUUCUCCUCACAGCGGCAGACCAAGAGUCCGGUUCGCGCAACGAGCGGUUGAACAGGGUCAUCCGCGCAAAAUACGAGGCAGGGCUAUUAAAGCCGCACAACUACGGCAAGGGGUACACGCGGCUGUCCUUGUGGAUGGACAAGAAUGUGUCCCAGGAGUCGAAGCAGCAGAUUCUCCAGCCGCUUUCUGUGUUACGUCCGAAAUUCAGAGCAGUCGCGCAGUUGCUUCAGGAUAUUGAUUUGGUAUUUAUCGAAGAAGAGUUUGAGCGGAUGCUCCUCGAUUACGACCGUGUCUUCUCGGCGAUGGGUGUUCCAGCGUGUUUGUGGAGGCGGACGGGGGAAAUAUACAAGGGCAAUAGGGAGUUCACGGAGCUCGUUGGAGUGGAUGGGUAUAUGAUGCGUGAAGGAAGACUAUGCAUCUACGAACUCAUGGCCGAAGAAUCAGCGGUUAAUUACUGGGAGAAAUACGGUCACGUCGCGUUCGACCCGAGCCAAAAAGCUGUCCUCACGUCAUGCGUGCUGCGAUACAAGCCCAUGAUCAAAGAAGGGUUUAUUAGCUGUUGCUUCUCUUUCACAAUCCGGCGAGACAGGCAUGGUAUUCCGAGUAUGAUAGUGGGUAAUUUUAUC